AAACUGCAAACCACACAAUAUUCUCAUACAAGCGCCCUUGCCCCCUGUUCGCUUUCACUCUUGAAAUCCCCUCCGCCUCUCGGUCAAUCCACCGCGUCCAAGCUUCAUUCCUCCGCACUCGAAAUCCAAAGCGCCCCGCCCCGACCCGAACCCUAAUCCUGCAUUUCCUUUCCCGCCACCGCCCGCCCCAAUGGCGAAGCCGGUGAAGUAUGACGACGAGGAGGAGAUCUCCUCCUCCUCCGCCGAGGAGGACGAUGACCAGUCCGCCGCCGCCGCCUCCGGAUCUGGUGAGGAAGGGGAUGACGAUGAGGAGGAUGCUGCGGCGCUGCCCACGGAGGAGGAGGAAGCUGAGGGCGAGGGGCAGCAAGAGGAGGAGGUCGACGAGGAAGAGAUCGAAGCCGUCACUACCGGCGCUGGAGCUGAGGACGGAGAGGACGCCAGUGCCGCUACCGCCGCUGAAGGCGAAGAGGAGUCCCAGUCCACCGAGGACGACGAAUCCGUCGCAAGGGACAAGGACAACGGCGACGAGACUGAUGCAGUGGUUGGGAAGCGUGAGAAAACAAGGCUAAAAGAACUCCAGAAGAUGAAGAAGCAGAAAAUCCAGGAAAUACUGGAUACUCAAAACGCUGCCAUUGAUGCUGACAUGAACAAUAAAGGGAAGGGACGGUUGAAAUACCUUCUUCAGCAGACAGAAAUAUUUGCUCACUUUGCAAAAGGAAGUCAGUCGAAUGAGAAAAAGCCUCGUGGGAGAUAUGGAGCUGAAGAAAGUUUAGGGGGACGUCAUGCAUCAAAGAUGACUGAAGAAGAGGAAGACGAAGAAUACCUCAAAGAGGAAGAAGAUGCCCUUGCUGGUGCAGGGGGUACACGUUUAGUUUCACAGCCUUCAUGCAUCAAGGGAAAGAUGCGUGAUUACCAGUUGGCUGGACUUAAUUGGCUUAUACGAUUGUAUGAGAAUGGUAUCAAUGGGAUAUUAGCUGAUGAGAUGGGUCUUGGGAAAACACUUCAAACUAUUUCAUUGCUGGGCUAUCUGCAUGAGUUCAGAGGUAUAGCUGGUCCUCACAUGGUUGUUGCGCCAAAGUCCACUCUUGGCAACUGGAUGAAGGAAAUCCAACGUUUUUGCCCUAUCUUACGUGCCGUGAAGUUUUUGGGGAACCCAGAAGAGCGGAACCAUAUAAGGGACAAUUUGCUGCAACCUGGGAAAUUUGAUGUGUGUGUGACUAGUUUUGAAAUGGCAAUCAAAGAAAAAUCUGCGUUGAGGCGCUUCAGCUGGCGCUACAUAAUCAUUGAUGAAGCUCACCGGAUAAAAAAUGAAAAUUCUCUUCUAUCAAAGACUAUGAGGAUUUACAACACUAAUUAUCGUCUCCUCAUCACAGGCACUCCACUCCAGAAUAAUCUCCAUGAGCUCUGGGCUCUCCUCAAUUUCUUGCUACCUGAAAUAUUUAGCUCUGCGGAGACCUUUGAUGAAUGGUUUCAAAUAUCUGGGGAAAAUGAUCAACAGGAGGUGGUGCAGCAGCUUCAUAAGGUUCUUCGCCCAUUCCUUCUUAGGAGGCUCAAGUCUGAUGUAGAAAAGGGCCUACCUCCAAAGAAAGAAACAAUUCUUAAAGUUGGAAUGUCUCAGAUGCAAAAGCAGUACUAUCGUGCUCUGCUUCAGAAGGAUUUGGAGGUUAUUAAUGCUGGUGGUGAACGCAAGCGAUUGCUUAACAUUGCCAUGCAGUUGCGCAAGUGCUGCAACCAUCCAUAUUUAUUCCAAGGAGCUGAACCUGGGCCACCCUACACAACUGGUGAACAUCUAAUUGAGAAUGCAGGAAAAAUGGUUCUACUUGAUAAAUUGCUGCCCAAGCUAAAGGAGCGUGAUUCCAGAGUCCUUAUUUUUUCACAGAUGACCAGGCUUUUGGAUAUCUUGGAAGAUUAUCUUAUGUAUAGGGGAUAUCAGUAUUGUCGAAUUGAUGGAAAUACAGGUGGAGAAGAUCGUGAUGCAUCCAUUGAAGCCUUCAAUAGUCCAGGAAGUGAGAAGUUUGUUUUCUUACUUUCAACUAGGGCAGGUGGCCUUGGUAUCAACUUGGCCACUGCUGAUGUUGUGGUUCUCUAUGACAGCGAUUGGAAUCCCCAAGCUGAUCUGCAAGCUCAGGACCGUGCACAUAGAAUAGGUCAAAAGAAAGAAGUUCAAGUGUUCCGCUUUUGCACUGAGUACACUAUUGAGGAAAAGGUGAUUGAGAGAGCAUAUAAGAAGCUAGCAUUGGAUGCUUUGGUUAUUCAGCAAGGACGAUUGGCAGAGCAGAAAACUGUCAAUAAGGAUGAUCUUCUGCAAAUGGUGCGGUUUGGUGCUGAAAUGGUUUUCAGUUCUAAGGACAGCACAAUAACUGAUGAGGACAUUGACCGUAUUAUAGCUAAAGGAGAGGAGACAACAGCAGAACUUGAUGCGAAAAUGAAAAAGUUCACUGAGGAUGCCAUCAAAUUUAAGAUGGAUGAUAAUGCUGAAUUGUAUGACUUCGAUGAUGAGAAGGAUGAAAACAAGGUUGAUUUCAAGAAACUUGUUAGUGAUAACUGGAUUGAGCCACCUAGAAGAGAAAGGAAGAGAAACUACUCUGAGUCUGACUACUUUAAGCAAGCACUUCGCCAAGGUGCACCAGCAAAGCCUAGGGAACCAAGGAUUCCAAGAAUGCCGCACUUACAUGAUUUCCAGUUUUUCAAUAACCAAAGGCUAAAUGAAUUGUAUGAAAAGGAAGUGCGGUACCUUAUGCAAGCGAACCAGAAGAAAGAUACCAUUGAUGGUGAAGACGAAGAUCAGUUGGAGCCUUUGACAGCAGAGGAGCAGGAAGAGAAGGAACAAUUAUUAGAGGAGGGUUUUGCGUCAUGGACAAGGAGAGACUUCAACACAUUUAUUCGUGCAUGUGAGAAAUAUGGUCGCAAUGAUAUUAAAAGUAUAUCAUCUGAAAUGGAGGGUAAGACAGAAGAGGAAGUUCAACGUUAUGCUAGAGUUUUCAAGGAGAGAUACAAGGAACUGAGUGAUUAUGAUAGAAUUAUAAAAAAUAUUGAAAGGGGGGAAGCAAGGAUAUCCCGCAAGGAUGAGAUUAUGAAGGCUAUUGGGAAGAAGCUAGACCGCUACAAGAACCCAUGGUUAGAGUUGAAAAUUCAGUACGGCCAAAAUAAAGGGAAGUUCUAUAACGAGGAAUGUGACCGCUUUAUGCUUUGCAUGGUGCACAAACUUGGAUAUGGAAACUGGGAUGAACUGAAAGCUGCCUUCCGUAUGUCUCCCUUGUUUCGAUUUGAUUGGUUUGUGAAGUCCAGAACUACCCAAGAGUUGGCUAGGCGGUGUGAUACCCUUAUCCGACUGGUUGAGAAAGAAAAUCAAGAAUAUGAUGAGCAAGAGAGGCAAGCAAGGAAGGAGAAAAGGCUUGCUAAGAACAUGACUCCAACAAAGCGAGCUGCACUAAAGAAUUCAGAGGGUGAGAAUACUCCACCGAGUUCAUUCAAGAGACGACGGCAGUCCCUUAUGGACGACUAUGUGGGCUCGGGAAAGCGUAAGAGAGGCUGACCACGUUUGGCAUCCUCCCUUAGACAUGCCGUCUCUACAAUGAUUUUAAUACCCUGCCGCGCAGUAGUGCUUAGUUCCUCUUGCACGUGAGUCGAAUACCUCAAGGGCAUGUGACUAGCGUAAUUUAUGCAAUGAUGACAUAGGUUAGUUAUUAAUCCUAAAUGAAGCAUGUAUGCGCAUGCUGUGUUAGUGUCGUAGAUCUGGACUUUGCAAUUGCAACUGUUGCUGCCCAGCUGACACAGAUCCCUUUCGCUGCAAUGCGGUCCUGCAUUUUGCCGCCACUGAUUUUGCACCCAAGGCUAAACCCAACGCGGCAGUAGUAACUGUUGCACUCAGGAUCCACGUACACAAAAAUGAGUUGAGGCAUAACGUCCCAACUCGGCUGGUGGUAUAUGUUAACAGCCAAUCAUGUUUAAGCUAUUACUCUGAUCGUUAAGGUGGAUCCGCUAAGGCCUUCGGUUAUUUCUGAUCCAUGUGGAUUGGAAUGUAUUGGGCGGAAUCGAGACGGAUUUGACUUGCUAUAGAUUUAAAUCGACUCAAUCCCACUCAAUCCACAUGGAAGAAGUACCUUUGCAUCGAUUUGUCAUUGGAAUAUAUACAAGGUCUAGGGGUGUAAUUAACGUAACCGUCCAAGCAUUUGGCUAAAGUAUACACUCUUUAAAUGCAUAA